UCCCCGCGGCGGCACGGCGAAGAUGGCUGCCUCCGGCUGGGCGCGCGCCGCCCUGGUCCUUCUCUGCGCCUCUGAGCUGCUGCUGCCGCCGCUGCCGCCGCGGGCCUGCGCCGCCGAGGGCGCGGCCGGGACGCCCGGCGAGGCCAGCCCGCCUCCGCGGAAGAAGAAGAAGGAUAUUCGCGACUACAACGAUGCGGACAUGGCGCGUCUUCUGGAGCAAUGGGAGAAGGACGACGACAUAGAAGAAGGGGACCUCCCUGAGCACAAAAGGCCCUCGGCUCCCAUUGACUUCUCCCAGAUAGACCCGGGCAAGCCCGAGAGCAUCCUCAAGAUGACGAAGAAGGGGAAGACGCUCAUGAUGUUCGUCACCGUGUCCGGGAGCCCCUCCGAGAAGGAGACGGAGGAGAUCACCAGCCUCUGGCAGGGCAGCCUGUUCAACGCCAACUACGACGUGCAGAGGUUCAUCGUGGGGGCCGACCGUGCCAUCUUCAUGCUGCGGGACGGGAGCUACGCGUGGGAGAUCAAGGACUUCCUGGUCAGUCAGGACAGGUGCGCCGACGUGACGCUGGAGGGCCAGGUGUACCCCGGGCGUGGAGGCGGCGGGCACAAGAGCAAGACCAAGCAGGAGAAGGGCAAGAAGAAGGGGGGGGACCCGAGGUCUCAGGCCAAGGCUGUGAAGGAAGACAGUCGCGCUGGGAGUAAGAGGGAAGAGCUGUGAUGGGCCCCGGCCACUUCCGGGACGGGCGGCCACCGGGCGCGGGCAGGAGCCGCUCCCUGGGGCAUCCUGCCCGCUCCUGGAAGGGCUCUGCCGUGUGACCAGUUUGGGGUCCACGUGAGAGUUACUGUUUCAGAGGCGCCAGGCAAGAAGACAGAGGCCUUGUCAUUAACAUUGGACAGUGACACAUUCGAGCUUCCUGUAAAGUCACUGGUGGUGGAAACCUGACAGUUGCUUUUCCCUUUGGGUCCGGGGGAGUCGCUGGCCCCUGAGGCACCCCCUCCCUGCCCGGCUCUGCCCCGGGGCUCCGCUGUGUCCGGGCUCCCCUUGUUUCCACCAGCUGAACGCCCGCUGGGUGCCAGAUGGAUGGACGCUGUCUGUGGGGCCGGGCCCCGGGGCCUUUGGACACCGUUUCCGUGACACUGAACUUAUGCGCUUACACAGCGCUCCAACCUCACCCGCGCCGUACGGUCAGGACACGGGGCCCGCACGUGCGCGGGGCGUGAGGUGACAUCCUGUCCGGGGGAUCCCAAGUACUGGCCUGAACUCUGACUGGGACCCCAGUUCAGGCUCAGGACGAGCCUUGGGAGCGGCCGGUGUCGUGUGUCUGUGAGUCCGGGAGGUCCGCCUCUGUCCUGUGUAGGGCGCCUGCGCGGGCGGCGAGGCUCCGGCGUGCCAUUCGAGGCGACGACUGUAAAGGGAGUAACUCGGGAGUCGCGGAGUGUGACGGAGGCCUCAGUAACCUCAUCAUUUCUGAACAUUUUUCUGUGAUAAAGUGCCUAAAUUUGUGGUGUGUUUGUGUGGCCCUAAUGCUCUGCUAACAUCUGGUUUGCUGUUUGUAGAAUUCAUACACGGUGUCGUUUCUAAGAACCCAGAUUAUUUGUACAGAACUUCCGUCGCAGUUUUAAGAAAUUAAAAAGGGCACGUGGACGUGCUCAGGAAACGUCA